AUGGCGGACCAAGCACAGGGUGAGCUGGUGAGCUCUUUGAAGAAAGUUUACAUUGAUCCUGAAUACUCUGACCUCAAGAUCGAAAGCCGUUCCACGACAUACCAGGUACAUAAGGAUGGUGUGUUAUCGCUUAAAGAAGAUGACCCGCGAGCUAUUGAGAUGAUUGUCCGCUUCUUCUACUACCUCGACUACUACACUGAUAAAGAGGACGCGAUAUCUCAACUCAACGGCCAUACCAACGGCAAUCAUCUUAGGGAAGAAGCUACCAAUGGGGUGAGCAUCCACGGCAACGCAGUCAGUGACUCCGGAGACGCGGCUGUAGAUAUCGCCUCUUCAACACCAACCGCAGAACCUGCUUCUCUUGACUCAUUUGACGACUUUCUCCCCAUAUCCCCCGUCAAGGCGAAGAACAAGAAGAAGAAGCGAAAGAAGUCCAUCGCACAGCCUCAAGUUGAUCCAGAGGCACUGGUAUCCGGUGAGCCCGAUGGGCCAGCACCAGCGGUACAAGAACCACCUGCCAAGCCAGAAACAUCCCGUCGGUGGAGUGAUAUGGUAGAGGAUGCCAUAGAGGAAGAGCAGCUAGAUACCCCUUCUGCGGAGACCGACCUCGUUCUCCAUGCCAGGGUGUAUGCAUUGUCAAGGAAAUAUGGGAUCGAACCAUUGCAGGUGCUUGCGCUUGAGAGAUUCAAGGCCGACGCGGAAAAGGAAUGGGCGUCAUAUGACUUUCUCCAAGCUGCUAAGGAGGUCUAUACUUCGCCAGAUGGAGACAGGAAGAUCAAGGAUGUUAUCACAGCCAUUGUCUAUGAGCACCCUGGCCUGCUAGACAAACCGGAGAACCAAAGUGUCAUCGAGGGCCUUUCACUGAGUUAUGAUCUCGUUAUGCACAUGCGAAAACAUGGAGUAUUUUGA